AUGAAGUGCACUAAAUACGUCAGAACCCCCGAACAGAACGAGAAGUUGGGUUACCAGAACGAAGAGCAGGCCGAACCAGACCAAGAGGAUUCUGGGGACCUGAAGGACACUGUCAGCGUUUUCCAAGUCGAAUGCCCCAAUUGCCAUUCCAAUGUUCCCACAAACAUGAAGAUCGUUGACAUUCCCUACUUCCAAGAGGUCAUUCUUAUGGCUGUCAACUGUGAUUUCUGUGGUUAUCGAGACAAUGAAGUCAAACCAGUCACCGGCAUUCACGAGAAAGGGAAGAGGUAUCGGCUACUCAUCGCUGAGGAGGCCGAUCUCUCCAGGGAUAUCUUAAAAGGUGACGAGGCCACAAUGGAAAUUCCCGAGCUGGAACUCAAAACGCAGAGUGGAACCCUGGGUAGCCGAUUUACCACCGUGGAGGGUGUUCUCGGCCUAAUGCGCGAUCAGUUGAAAAACAUGAAUCCGUUCCUGUUUGGCGACAGCGCCGACAAUGAUGAUUCGCGGAAGAAGCUGGUAACACUUUGUGGUCGCUUGGAAGAUAUAAUUUCCGGUAAACUGAAGAAUGUGCACCUGGAGGUCUCCGAUCCGACGGGCAACAGUUAUGUCCAGAGUCUAGCCGACUCAGGACCGGAUUCAAGACUGGAGGUCACCGAGUUCGAACGCACUUUCGAGCAGAAUGAAGAGCUCGGCCUGAACGACAUAAAGACUGAGAACUACUGA